UUUUUCUGUUUCUCCCCUGUGAUGGCGGUCCAUGGGACGCCGCCUCUCUCUCUCGCGCGAAAUUUAGUUGAGGGCUCGACGUGGUUCGUCUCUCUCCUCAGCGAGGAAGGAGGAGAGAGAGAGAGAGGAAGGCCCGGCGCAACGGAGAUGUUGAAUAUCUGACAUGGAUGAAGCCAUGGGAAGGCGAACAGUCAGUGGCCUUCUUGUCACCAAAGGGGGCUCAAUUCUUGUCUUCAGGGAGGACAGCGCACGCCACAAGGCCACUGCUUGUUGUACCCGCCUUGGGUGCAGCAGUAAGCUUUUCCCUAACAAAGACAGGAAGGUGCACAGUUCAGCCAAGGAAGCAACAACUCCUCAGAGGUCACAAGUUUUCAGGAUGUCUCCUCAAGGAAGAACUGGUUAUGAUGGAAGCACCAGCAGAAAUGCAGCAAGUGCUUGUGGUGAGACUGAAAAUAGACCAAGAAGAAGAGAAAAUGCUGGACGGGAUCUACUGGUUCGUUUGAAAGACAAGGUCAAUGCAUCGAGGAAGUGCUCGUUGAGUAGAGGGAGUAGUCCUAGUCCAUCAUCACUAAACACAUCAAGCACUGGUUCCUCAAGCAGUAACCUAUUGAUUUCAAGAUCGCUGCGAUGGCCAGCUUCGAGGACGAGAAAGGAUGGAGUCAGGAAUGGUGAAUCCCGGAUGCAUAGAAAUAGUAAUGAAAGUUCCAGUGUAGAUGUGGGAAGAAGCAAUUCUGACCAAGAUCCCUCAGCGAGGUUUCUUUCUCGAAGCUUGUUCAGACACAGAAGGAGACUUCAGGGAGGACCAAUAUCUUUGGAGGACAAUUUGGAUGAUUCCAAUGAAUAUUGGCACUUUGAUAUGGAUGAAAAUGAAGAGGUUGAAGAGUACCAUGUCUUCAAUGAUCGGCAUAGGGGAAUGAGAAUGGACAUUGAUGAUAUGUCUUAUGAGGAAUUGCUUGCUCUUGGGGAGAGAAUUGGUACCGUAAGCACUGGCCUUUCAGAUGGUGCACUUUCAGAGUGUCUGAAGAGAAGUCUCUAUGUGCCCACAAUUUCAACCAGCCAUGAAGAUGGUGAUAUCAAAUGCAUCAUAUGUCAGGAGGAGUACUUCUCUGGUGUGGAGGUGGCCAAGAUGGUAUGCAAGCACUACUACCAUAUCACCUGCAUCCAACAGUGGCUUCGGCAAAAGAAUUGGUGCCCAAUCUGCAAAUCCGUCGCUUCUGCCAUCAGCUCAUAGUGUUCUUGACAGAAAAAAAUACAAAACCAUUAUGUUUACAUAGGAGUACUCUGCAUUUUUGUUCUAGAAUAAAUGUAUUCAUUUCAGUACCAGACUGUUCUUUAUCUCGUUCACUUCACACUGAGCCAGAACAAGCUAAAGGAAGCAGGAAAAUAAGUCAUAGCAUAAAAGAUUUUCUCAAUUUUUUUGUUCAAGACUUGAAGUCAACAUUGAACUGAAUCUUUCUAUCAUAUACAGGAACGCGAAGAAUUUCUCAUUAA